AUGAAAGAAACUGUAAUAACUGCAAAACAAGUGUUCCACAGUUACUACAUCUGCACAGUAUGGCUGGCACCAUGAAGUUGAAGCCAUUGCUUCCACUCUCUCCUUUGCCUGAACAAGCCACUACUUCUUCAAUUUCACGCAUUUCCUGUGGCUUAUUCACCUCUCUUCCAAUUCCUCAUGCUUCUGCUUCACACAGACCACAGGUUUCGGUCUCAGUAGCAUUCAAUCCCCGUGGCAACUUCGACAUCUCUUUAUUUGAUGAGGAUAAUGAUGCUACUAAAGCUGAACAUCCAAUGCCUCCAACUGAAGGCCGAUUCGAAGUUGUUAUCGACAAUGAUGUUGUGACUCGCCUCGACUUGUCCCCUUUUCAGGCUGCAACAGGAAUCAAGUCCCCUUCUUUAGUAAAUCCAAAGGAUUUUCUGGAGCGUAGAAUUGGAUUUACCAUAAACUACGCUCGAGAAGAUCCUGGCGAUCCGCGAGAGUUAUCAGAGUUCCCUGAAAUCAGGCUCUGGUUUGUGAGGCUUGAUGCUACCUAUCCAUGGCUGCCUAUCUUGUUGGACUGGAGAGCAGGCGAGCUUGCUCGCUAUGCUGCAAUGUUGGUUCCUCACCAGAUGAAUAUGAAAAUGGGAGUUGUGUUCAACCCAGAGGCAUUAGAACUGUUUGUUAUGAACAAAGUGUUUGUUGCAUAUUCAUGGUUGAAGCAUCAUGACAUUCCCAUGCCUAAAUUAAGGACAAAAGAUAUGGCCACAAUGCUUGGAUUUGGGAUUGGAGAUGAACUAUACGACUUAAUUGACAAACAUCCUCUUCAUCUAUCAUCAUCAUCAAAUGAGGAACGUGUAUGAUGAUGCAUGCAUGUGUAUCAGUAUUUUUAAAUAUAUAUAUA